GCAUUUUUAAUGCCGCAGAUUUCCUAUGGGUUCCCAUUUGCCAACCCAUUUUCCUCUUCCGCCAACCGCUAAACACGGAAGAAAGGGAGGCGGCGACACUGUAAUUUGUCCUUUGGCCUUCCUCUUUAAUCCUGCUUCUUCUUCGUCCUCUUCAGCCGCUGCUGCUGUGCUAUUGUCCUCUAAAAACACGGAUGAGGCUGCUGAAGGUAGCGACAUGCAGCCUGAACCAGUGGGCCAUGGACUUCGACCUGAACCUGCGGAACAUCAAGGAAUCGAUCACUAGGGCAAAGGAGUUGGGCGCGACGAUCAGAGUAGGGCCCGAGCUGGAAAUUACGGGUUAUGGUUGCGAGGAUCAUUUCUUCGAACCCGAUACCGUUGCCCAUGCGUGGGAAUGUUUGACAGAGCUUCUGUCAGGAGAAUGGACAGAAGGAAUCUUGUGCAGUAUUGGCAUACCUAUUAGAGAAGGAAGUACCCUCUAUAACUGUCAAGUCUUCUGUUUAAACCGAAAGAUCCUUUUGAUUCGGCCAAAGAUGUGUCUUGCUGGUGAUGGAAAUUACAGGGAACCGAGAUGGUUUUCAGCAUGGAAGCACAGAGAGCAGUUGAUUGACUUUCAACUUCCAAACAUUGUCUCUGAGACUACAUCACAGAAAUCUGUGCCGUUUGGUUAUGGUUAUUUAAUGUUCUCUGAUACAAUGGUCGCAGCUGAAACAUGUGAGGAACUUUUCACUCCAGAUGCACCUCGAAUUGAACUUGCACUGAAUGGUGUUGAAAUCUUUGUUAAUGCAAGUGGUAGUCAUCAUCAGUUAAGAAAGCUAAACAUUCGUAUGGACCGGAUCAAGAAUGCAACAUUUAUAUGUGGCGGUGUUUAUAUAUAUAGCAAUCAUAAGGGGUGUGAUGGUGGCCGGCUUUACUUUGAUGGAUGUUCUUGUGUGGCUGUAAAUGGAGACAUUGUUGCGCAAGGUUCCCAGUUUUCGCUGAAGGACGUUGAGGUUUUAGUUGCACAAGUUGACUUGGAUGCUGUUGUCAGCUACCGUGGAGCAAUCAGCAGUUUGCGGGAUCAAGCAAGUUAUAAGCCGAAGGUUCCUUCUGUGGCAGUUCACUAUAAACUCUGCCACACUUUUGACUUCCAAGAAUUUCCUACGUUGCCAAUUGAUGUCAAAUAUCACGUACCAGAGGAAGAAAUAGCUUUAGGACCAAGUUGUUGGCUGUGGGACUACUUAAGAAGAAGUGGUGCUUCUGGAUAUUUGCUUCCACUUUCAGGUGGAGCAGAUAGUUCUUCUGUAGCAGCUAUUGUCGGGUGUAUGUGUCAGCUCGUGAUAGAAGCAAUUGCGGACGGAGAUGAACAAGUUAAAGCCGAUGCUAUACGUAUUGGGAAAUACCAUAAUGGUGAGGUCCCUCACAAUAGUAAAGAAUUUGCUAAGCGCAUUUUUUACACCGUUUACAUGGGGACAGAGAACAGUUCUGAGGCUACUAGGCUCCGAGCAAAGGCUGUUUCUGAUGAAAUUGGUUCACAUCAUAUUGAUAUGAAGAUUGACGUUGUUAUAUCUGCAUUGAUCUCCUUAUUUCACACACUUACUGGGAGGAGGCCUUGUUAUGAGGUUGAUGGUGGCUCAAAUACUGAGAACCUGGCCUUGCAAAAUAUACAAGCUAGAGUACGAAUGGUUGUAUCAUUUAUGCUUGCAUCUCUCAUGCCUUGGGUUCAUAGUAAGUCUGGCUUCUAUCUUGUCCUCGGAAGUUCAAAUGUUGAUGAAGCAUUGCGUGGAUACCUAACCAAGUAUGAUUGUAGCUCAGCUGAUCUCAAUCCAAUAGGGAGUGUUAGUAAGGUUGAUCUCCGUUCAUUUCUUCGAUGGGCUUCUGUUAAUCUUGGAUUUACAUCCUUGGCCGAAGUUGAAGCAGCUCCUCCAACUGCGGAGUUGGAGCCCAUUCGUGCAAAUUAUUCCCAGUUAGAUGAAGUGGAUAUGGGCAUGACAUACGAGGAGUUAUCAUUAUAUGGACGGCUUAGAAAGAUUUUCAGAUGUGGCCCUGUGUCAAUGUUUCAGAACCUUGUCCAUGUCUGGCAUGGCAGGCUUACUUCUUCUGAGGUGGCAGCAAAGGUCAAGCACUUCUUUAAGUACUAUUCAAUGAAUCGGCAUAAAAUGACUGUUCUAACGCCAUCAUAUCAUGCUGAGAGUUAUUCACCAGAAGAUAAUAGGUUUGACCUUCGCCAGUUCUUAUACAACACGAGAUGGCCUUACCAGUUCCACAAGAUUGAUGAACUCGUGCAGAAAAGUGAAGCCUGUGGCAUCCCUUUGGUCAAACCCAGUGAACCAACAGCAUUGGAAACAUCCAAGGUCCAUGCAGGUGGAAUGGGUGUUAUAGCUGCUAACGCUGGGAACCCAAGCACCGGCUUGUGAUUGUUGCAAUUUGGAGGGCUUUCAAUGCCCCGCUUUAGUGUUAAAUCUCAGAGAAUAAUUCAUGCUCUUAUAGAAUAUCUUGACUUAAAUAUUUCUGUGUACUUUCUCAAUAAGGGUGUGAUGAGAUGUCCCUCACUUGGGAGGCAGUUGGAAAAUUGGAUUCUGCUUCCGUAUCUUAAAUUGAUACCUAGGAAACACAUCCUAAAGGAAUUUAGCCCCUCUCAUUCUAGGUCCAUUGUAUUUUCACCUGAUGCAUGAUGUAAAAGGGUGCCUUGGAGAUGUA